UAAGAGAUAGCCUCUUCGGGGCUGGUCAGCCGAGACGUCUCUUUGGUCUCUAGUUGAGGCUUCGUUGAGGCAUCGGAGCCCCAACUAUUUUAUCAUUCACCAUCACUCUAGUCUAGAUAUUAAAAAAAAAAAAAAAUCAAGGAAAAACGGAAUAUACCAGUGGAAAUAAACGUAUUCCUAGUGAACGAGUUUUCAUGCCGGAUAAUUGUUCCGAGAAUCUCAUUACUGAAGAGUUAAUGCUGCGAUCGAAGUGAUUUUCAUUUAUUGGGAGUGUAAUUGCACUUUUAAUUUAUUUUGGCAUUUAUUCGGUGGAUUGUUACAGGGCAAACCCACGCCGAUUAUCCAAUAACGUAAUUGUACGUGCGUAUGAAUAAAUAAAUUCAUGAAAGUGUGUCCUUGAACGAAUCCAUCGAUGAAUCGAAUGAAGAAGUAACUUGUUGCGGUGACACGUAAGUGUCUCAUCAAAAGGAAAAAAAAAAUGGGAAUAAAAAAUAGAUCAUUAUAAUUGAUCCGAUCCGAAUCUCCCUUGAAUAAUGAGAAUAAUGCUGGAAAUCAUUUCAGCAUUGACGAUCAAUUACAAUUUAUAAUUCCAUAAUUGCGGAUGCAAUUAAGACGAUUUGAUGAGGCACGGUGAGAAGUACGUGACACUGGGAUUUAAAAUAGUGUAUUCUAUGUUUGGUUGGCGGGUUUUAUGACUGUUUCUUUGAAUCGAGUGCCGAUUUACAGCGACUGCGCGAUGAAUUUGUCCUAAUAUUUAUUGUGUGCGCGCGCAAGACCCUUUGGCCCUUUAAAACAUUUAAAUUGCCAGUUUCCCCGUUAAUUUCUAGGUUUUCAAAAGAAUUUAUUUCGAGUGCAGUGGGCCAAGUGUGGGGGACACGCGGGUGAAAGUCGAACGUGUGCCGAAAUCCCAUUAUUAUUGCGUUCACUUGUCAAUCGUCCUUCGUCAACGAAAUAUCUUCUCACUUUGGUUAAACUCUUUGUUCGAUUAUCACCACAGCACACCUCAUCCGUCGAUCGUUUAUUUUUUAAAAAAACUCAUCUCAAUUAAAUAAUUUACUGUGAAAAUAUCGGAAAAUAAUCUAUCGACUGCCAACUACCGGAGCAUGCCACGUGGACCUGAACUAGUUAAAAGUGACAAAACAAAUGGAAUAAAAAACAACUGGUGAAUCAAGUAGAAAAUAAAAAAAAACCACGGCCACCGGUUCCACCUCUCGUCAAGUGGCCCAUAUUCAUCAUCACGAUAAAGUUCCCCUCUGGGGUUGAAUUUUCCAUUAAACAAAGAGAAAAAAAAACAAAAUCAGAAGCACUGGUAACUGGAGAAUCGAAACAGUGUGUCGACGAUGCCCGAGCGAUGAUGAACAGUUCGAGUGUCGUUGGUGAUCGGUAUUUCGAAAUAACCGAUCCAUGGAAGUGUGUAAUUACCACAAUGGAAAGUUGUGCUGAUAAUCGACGAUGGACUAAGUACAAGUAAAUUUUUCCACCUGUAAAAUCAAUCAGCCUUAACGAUGGACGUCGAACUAGUGACAAGGACUUCCCUGAGUUCACUCCACAAAGUUGACGAUGGAAGAAUUGUAUCGCCAAACAGUCUUGAUGAGUGGACAUGGUCCAGCCUCAGGAAACAAUUCGAGUACAAAAACUUGGAAAAAUUGUACACCAUCUAUCAGAGGAGGCUGCAGAAUGGAUAUCUAUCGUUGUUCGUUCUGGUUCAAUUGGUGCUUGGAAUUGCACAUUGUGCUGUGUUAAUAAUGACAGUCGAGAUAAAGGCGUCCUUACCGGACGUUGUUACCUGGUGCAUCAUGGGUGCACUGUUGUGUCCAGUAAUAGCUCUAUCAUUCAGGUCUAAACUCAUAGCCAGAGAGACGUAUCUACCAGUUGUUCUGUCAUGUGUCAUUGUCGUUCUGCUUGUCCUUGGUGACUUGGCAGUGCCCUUCUGGUAUACCCUCGGUAUAUCCAAGGAUACACCAGCGAUAAGGCCCGCAUAUGCUACUCAUGUUCUAUUGGCUUGUUAUGUAUUUUUACCUUUAACCGAGAAUCUUCAUGCGUUUAUUCUCGGGAUCACGGCAACUCUGUGCUAUCUCACGAGUCUUGCACUCAUAACUUAUAGAAAUUUGCCGGAUUACACUGGAAGGAUAAUUGCCGAUGCCAUUUAUUUCGCCUGUGUGAAUGGCCUUGGUCUUUACUUCCGAUUUAUGAAUGAGGUGGUUAUCAGGAGAUCGUUCCUGGACCGUAGAAAAUGCGUUGAAUCCACGCUGAGACUCAACUACGAGAAAGAUCAAGAAGAACAACUAACGAGGAGCAUUCUGCCUCAACACUUUGCUGCCAAGAUAAAGAAGGAUUUCAGGGAUAUUUUUAAAUUCAUUGAGGAGCAUAAAAAGCCACCACCCAAGGGGCGACGUCGAAAUGACUUGUACGUCGAGACUCACAACAAUGUCAGUAUAUUGUACGCGGAUGUUGUCAAUUUUUCGGGAUUGACUGUGACACUUCCGGUGAAGAAACUGGUGGAAACGUUGAAUGAUCUGUUUGGAUCCUUCGACGAGGCUUCGGAGAGGCACAAUGUCUUGAGGAUUAAAUUCCUGGGGGAUUGCUACUACUGCGUCAGCGGAGUUCCUACACCUAAUGCACAACAUGCAAAGAGUUGUGUUGAUCUAGGUCUUGACAUGAUAAAAAUAAUCAAAGAGGUGCGAGCACGAGUCCGACGAGAGUGCGGUGUUGACAUAAAUAUGAGAAUAGGAGUUCACUCGGGGAAGAUAAUAUCCGGGAUAUUGGGUGCAAACAAGUGGCAGUAUGACGUGUGGUCGAGGGACGUUGUGAUAGCGAAUAAAAUGGAACAAACUGGUCAACCAGGUAAAGUCCACGUGACACAGCAGACACUCAAUCUGCUGGACGCCAGUCAAUACGACUGUGUACCAGUGGUAUCCCUCAAUGACGAGACCCUCAACAAGUACAACAUAAAGAGCUAUUUGAUAACUCCAUCGCUGCCAGGUUCACCAGUUCUGCAGGUGGGAAACGGGACAGUGAAGUAUCUUGUUGAAUCAGUUGAUACGCAAACCUUGUUGCAGAACAGCGAGAGCACCUUGACGAUAGCUGAUCCAGUAACUCCACCAGUUUCUAAUAAACACUACGUCAGGUGGUACAGUGUUAGACCAAGUACGAGUGGUGGAGCAGCCAGGAAUACCAAACGAUUGACUCAAACCAUGAAUAAUCAUGCUGACGUCUUCGCUGGAACCUUCAGGAGGAGAACCCACUUCAUGGACUCGUGCCUCAAAGAUUAUCACUUGAUGCUCAAGGCCGCUGAUGCUGAGAUGGAGGACGCCAUCAAGCAGAUGCCCCUCAGCAAGUGGGAACAGUGGUCCAAGUGGGAACCGAUAAAUCCCAUUUUUCUCACGUUCUCGAGGCUCAAUUGGGAGAUUCCUUUCUUGAGAGAGCCCGAUCCUCUCUUCAAGUUCUUCGUUGGCUGUGCUGCACUCGUUUUACUGUCAAUGGGUUUCAUCUUUCUAGCUCCUGCUAUCAUAUUAUCAGAAUGGCAUCUGAGCACAACUGUGGGCUUCAUGCUGGCCAUGCUCUUCCUCAUUGCACUGCUACCAUUAACGUGGAUGCACUUCGUAUGGAAUCGAUGUAAGGAUCCCCAUGAUGAACACGAGGGACAUAUCCCCCAGCCUAGGAAUAAAUUACUCCACUUUAUGUAUCAAACUAGUAUUAAAGUCGUUUGGAGUGCACUCUUGAGAACUACUCUUUACCUAGUGAUUACGAUAAUGCUGGCUGCUUGCGCCAUGUUUGAUAUGCUGUUUGAAUGUAAAAAUUUCGAUCGUCUCGGCAAUAAUAACGCGACCUCCAGUAUAGCCGACAGUGGAGCUGCUGAUAUCGAGUGCAUAGUCUCCCCCUGGCAAAUGUCAGAAACCUGUUCACUGGCGAUUCUCACGAGUUUUCUAUUCUUGAGAGUUCAUUUUUUUCUGAAACUCGUGAUUGGGCUCGGCAUUGUUGGCUUCUACACGUGGACUAUUACCGAGUAUCGAUCGACUCUCUUCCAGUCUGGCGCAACCUGGAAUCCCCACCUCGAGCCAAGAAUAGCACACAUUCUCAAUGUAGUGUUUCUUACAUUUUCUCUGCAUUUGAUCGAUCGCCAGGCCGAGUAUUUGAGUAGAUUAGAUUACCAAUGGAAGAGGCAGUUGACGCAGGAACAGGAUGAAGCGUUUCACACGAGAAAUGCUAAUAAACUCUUGUUGAGGAAUAUUCUGCCAGAGCACGUGGCCGAUUUUUACCUAAAUAUGAAUCGCACUGAGGAACACGAGCUGUACCACGAGGCGCACGAAAAUGUUGCAGUGAUGUUCGCUUCCCUGACCGAUCUAUCGAUAGACGAGAGCAAUAUAUUAAUUGAUCUCAAUGAGAUUAUCUGCGAAUUCGAUAAACUAUUGUUCGAGCCCUGCUUUGUCUGUCGUAUUGAGAAGAUUAAAAUCGCGGGGACGACGUACAUGGCUGCAUGUGGCCUAGAAGCGAGGCGGAGAGAUUCCCUGGAGAAUGAGGAUCAGUAUCACGACGAGCAUGUGGUUAAGGUCAUGGCGCAAUUCGCUGUGAGAAUGCUGGAGAUUCUCGACAGACUCAAUGCCGAGACCUUUCCCAAUGGAAAACCCUACAAAUUAAGAAUUGGAAUUUCACAUGGUGAAGUUACAGCGGGUGUUGUGGGCGCCCAAAAACCCUUGUACGAUAUUUGGGGCGAUGCUGUGAAUAUGGCCUCCCGGAUGGAUACAACGGGAGUCCCUGGAAAAAUCCAGGUGACGACAGAGACAGCGACAGUCCUCGAACAAGAUGGAAUAAAGUGUAAUCUUCGUGGAAAAACUUGGGUGAAGCCCAAAGGCCUUGUGACAACGUAUUUCAUUGGGGUUGACGAGAAAAGAAGGCUACAGACGGCUGAUUUAGCCGAAGAAACGACAAACCUUUAGAUUAAUUAGAGGACCAAUGAGCAAUUUCAAUGACCAAAGAAACGACCAGCAUCUCUUAUCCACAAUUAUCAUGAUUAUCAGAGAAUUAUUAUUGAAAUAAUGCCAAUCGGCUUGACACUGUGAAUUAAUAAAAUUAUUAUUUUUCUACAGAGUGACAAAUUAUUUUCAGGUUGUCACUGAUUUUGUAAAUAAUUCUGUAAAUAUUCGUUUCGUCUGAAACAUAUGUGACCAAAUCUAUU